AUGUUUUCUGUUUCCGGUGAGCAACAUGAGGCAACAACCUCUCACUCCACUGUCGACCACCGCCGCUGCUUUCACCUUCUUUUCGGUAGCCAUCAAAUAAAAAGAUCGAGCCACGAAGUGCUAGUCGGAGACGCCGACUGCCGCCCCUCCUCGUUGACGCAUGCAACACCUACUGCCAUUUUUUUUGCUACUCCUUGCUGCUUACCUUCCCCUCGAUCUGUGACUGUCGGUGACGAAGCCAAGGAAGCCAAGAGGAUCGCCGGAAAAAUGGGUUCCUUUUCCCCCUUGACAAAUAUGCCAUCACCGGACCAAGCUCCUCCCUCACUGCCUUCAAUUUUCUUCCUUUAUGUCUCGAUCGAACACCACAGAACUACAUCUCCUCCCCCACUUCCAUCGAUUUCCUUCCUUAUCUUUCUAGUUCGUGUGGUGAUGUUGUUGUUGUUGUUGUUUCCUUCUUUUUCUGGUCUUUUGGGUGUUGGAUGGUUCUACCCCUUUGUUCUUUGUCUCAGAUUUUGUUGUUUGACUUUCCUAGAUCGUGGCUCCUUCGCUUCCUCGUCCUUCGUCUUGCUUGUUACUGCAACUAAAGUCCCUUCUGUUCUCUUUGGCUCUUUUUGA